AAAUAGUGGAGUUUCAGACCUUAGAGUUGCAUGUUGUUCAAUCACCAAAAAUUCUUCGCGGGAAAAGUGUUACGGUGCGAGGCAGGAUGGGGUGUGUCCAGAGCAGCGGGCGGGAAGAGGCGGCAGGGAAGGUCGAGGAGCCUCCCAAAGCUUAUUCAUGGGACCGGAAAGACAAAGUUGACCCGGCAGACUUCACUCUGGAGGGUCUGAGGGGAGAGGAGGCCGGAAGAGUUCCAGGGAGCAUCAAUGGCCAGCAGUUCAUCAUCCAGAAUUGCCAAUCUUCACAUAUCUUUCUCCUGGACCACAUCAACACCAUUACCAUCGACGACUGCUCCGACUGUACUAUCUUCAUUGGCCCCACAACUGGCAGUGUGUUUGUGAGGGACUGUCAGGAGUGUGUGGUGGUGGGUGCAUGUGGCCAGUUCAGGACUCGAGACUGUUGCCGCCUAGAGGUGUAUCUGCUGUGCCAGACUCAGCCCAUCAUUGAGGCCUCCAGCAAGAUGAAGUUUGGCUGCUUCCAAGCUUUUUAUCCACAACUCAAGGACCACUUCAGCAAGGCCAGUCUAAGUGUGUUCAACAACAACUGGUCCAAUGUGUAUGACUUCACGCCAGUGGAUGGAGAGACCAACUGGAGCACCAUCACUCAGCCCUCUGCCCUGCCCCAUGCAUUCCCCUUGCCCAGGUCCCAGCUCCUUGCCAGUGUGGGGCUGAGUGUGGAGGAAGAGUCCAGUGUGGUGCCCUACACACUGGGGUCACCUCAGUAUCAUGGGCAGGAAGCUGCCCUCGUCAUCCUUUUCCAUGACAAUGAUCAACACCACAAGGCCACCGCAUUCAUUGCUGCCCUUAGGAGUCAGGUGGUGAACUGUAGAAUUCAGCACAGCCGAGAGGUGAAGAUGGAGGCAGUGGAUGCAGUGCGAGUGUUUCAAGGCAGUGAGCACAAGGCUGCCGUGAGUCAGGGUCCUGUCAUUGCCCUCCUGUGUCUGGGCACUGGUGUGCACCAGGCAUGCACUACAUUGGCACGUGACAUGGGGGCCUACGUCACUCCAGACUCCAGCAUUGGCCUCAGGCAGAUUGACUCCUUCUUUUCAUAUGCCUCCAUGAGUAUGACCAUGUGAAUCCCUACUCAUGCUAAGCACCAGUGGACCAAGGGUGUACCACAGCUGCUGCUGCUGCUGCUGCUGGGGAAGUAAUGUAGGUGGAGUUCCCUAAAUUAUUUUCUGUGCACUCAUCUUGAAGUAAUAUUUUCUGAUGGUUGUUUUUCUCUGUUUAAAUUAUUUCUGUUUACUGUUUGGUUUCUUUAAGUUUAGUACACACUGUGUGUGUUAAAAGAUCGAUGCUAGAAGUCACAGAAUAAUUGCCUUCAACUAUUCUGUGGAGCCUCACAAAGACAAGUGAUAUUUGUGUGGUUAGUUACAAAAGUUACUUGACAGGAAAAUACUCUAGAGCCCCUGCAUUUGUGAUGAUUUGGUUUAGUGAUCUCUCAUGUAGCUGAAAGAUGUGAUUAGAUAAUGCACUAUGCUGGAUAUGUACAUCAGUAUAUGACUGAGUGAAACGGUUUAUUGUUCUAUAUGUUUUUGUGUAAUUGACAGAUGGACACACCAUUAAUCCAGAAAGUCAUAGAGUACACAUAUCUUUCUUCCAUACCUUUUCUCUUCGCUUUUUCAUAAUUUACAAUAGAAGACAUUGAUCAUGUGAAUUGUGUGUCAAGAUGAGAGAAGAGGUGGAAGUUCUAUCCCAUUCUCUCCUCAACACUGUCAGGGUGAAGGAGAGCAGAUGGCAUGAAGGUGAGGAUAGAUAUCCUGAUGCUGUGAAUUUUAUUCCCAUGCUGGUGGAAGUCAUGGCUAGCAUAUGCCUUGCAUUGUUUCUUUUCCCAGGAACCAUGAAAAGGUGACUUAUUUCCAUUGUUUAAUUUUCAAGAAAAGACAUUAGGCUUAUAGGUUGCUCACUUCAGCAUAUCUAGGAGAACUUGAAGCCACAGCAUUAGAAAUUGUAAAUCUAAAUGAAGCACACACUGAACUUAUUAAUUUUUAAUUCUCAGGCAGCAUCACACACCACCAACUCUGCCAAUCUAUCUUCCACUUUUUUUUUUUUUUUAUGUCAUUAUGUACAAUCUUCUCGCUAUUACAUCUUUACCAGUCUUCCUCCACUGACAUGCAAGAUUUCAGGUGGCAUUUUGGGGAAUUAUGAUGUUGGGGCAGAAUUAGCUCCUUUAUUCACACAGGCUAUUCAAAUGUGAACUUGUCUUUCAUAUUAAUCAGCUCUGCCAUUCUACAUGCUGUACUGUAUUUGAGUUUGUGGAUGCAGGGGCUCUGGUGUUUAGUUAAAUUGGUUUAUGUAAUGUGUGCAGUACCUGAAAGGUUAUAUGUAGUACUUAUGAUACCAAAGAGAGUUAAGGAUAUAUCAAAGAAAUAUCAUUUUUCAUUGCCACUUAGUUGAUGUUUUGGGGAUAUACUCUGUAUUUUAUUUUCUAUUGGGGAUAUACUCUAUUUUAUUUUAUUUUUUAGUGUCACUGGGGUGGUGCAAACAGCUGUAAUGUGAUAGCUAGAUCCGAGUCAUUUCUUUGUAACGAGUAUAGAUUAAGUAGUAUAACUGAACUGCUGUGGAUGGAAUUAUUAUAGAUGCAGUCUUAUAAUCAGGUGAUGAAUUGCAAAGAUAUUCAAUAACUAAUUUAAGUUUAUCACUCAUCAUGAUUUGUGCCUCAUCAUUUGAUAAUCACAGAAAUGUUUUAUGCUGAACACUUCUGAGACAAUAUUGAACAUUAGAUUAAACAGGAGGUAUGAAACAUACAGUGUAACAACUUUGCUGUUUGCGGAAUGUGCCACCACUACAGCACCAGGACACAUCACUAGUCCACCUUAUUAUGAGCAAGACACAGUUCAGUUUGUUUGGAUAGUGAGAGUGAGUGUUCAGUCUCCAUUGUGUGAGGAGGGGGACCAAUUGGGCAUGUGUGGCAUGCCUGUCUCUGCACCUGUCUUUGGGUGUACUUUGGCGUGAGUAAAUAAUUUUUAGUGUUUCACCUUGGGUUUGAUAUUCAUAGCACACCACUUGAGCUAAUCUUUUCUAGUCAAAAGCAUUAAGUAAGACUCCUUUGAGAUGCAGUGAUAAUCACUAUUAGUGGAGGUACUUCUUUUCAGUGACACCACUGGUUUAAUAAUGUGUGUGUGUGUGUGUGUGUGUGUGUGUGUGUGUGUGUGUGUGUGUGUGUGUUUGCAUUUUUAUAAUUCACUUACAUGAUUCAAGCAAGCUAAACUUCCUGCUGUUGUGUUCCUGUAUCAGUCUCCAACUUGGUUCAUAAAUCAUGGAUGUUUCUUGCUUGCAAGAUCUCCAUCUCUGAUCUUUUCUUGUUAAGUUAAUCAGUUAAGAAAGGUAGAUUUUGCAACAUACUUUUAAGUAGGAUAUUUUGCAAGUUUUAAGGUUUUUCUACUGUUAUGUGUACUAAGGUUCUUGAAGUGUGGUGAUGGUUUUAAGUUCAGAAUGUUAUGUCCAAGGCACCAUGGUGUCACUGAUGUGUUGUGGAUGAUCUAGGUUGUGACCUUUUGUGUUUACUGCCUGGAUAAACUUGCAAGGCUUUUACAGUACUCUAUCCAUCCAUAAACUGUCCGUCCAGUGCCUCACACCUCCAGAUGAAUUAUAUUUUUUAGUAGAUAUAUGUACUCUUGCACUGUGAUAAAUGCUGCUCAUGCACUCUGUUUGGAGGCAACAGUGCCUGCCGUGCUACUAUUAAAUCUCUUUCCUUGA